CUGAUUUUUACCCUUUCGGGAACUAUGCUCUUUGAUUUACAACCUGAUUAGACUGUAAAAGAACUUGCUCCUUCCCACCUUCCAUCCGAUUGGUUAAGAAUCAAAGCACUCCUCAAUCCAUUGGCUGAUGGUUGCUUCAAUAUAUCUACGUUCCUAAUGCAUCGCCCCUGAGCAAAAAGCUGCUGCUUCACUGACUGUGACGGGAAUGUCCUUCCCUGGCGCAUUAGAUGCUUACGGGUAAUACAUCCACAAUCAGACAUUGGGCGAGUGUGCAGUACAAGCUCAAGAGUGGAUAACAACAGAUCGCUCCUCAGCAUGCCCUGAGCUGGCUGAUCUCAGACCAGAGACGAGACCUUGUUUAGGCUGAAUGUGAAGGAGCUUCCGAGAGCUGUGGCCUGAAGGCAUUUCAAUUUCUGAGAUGUCAGUCAAACGAGCAGAAGGGAUGUCCAUCGCCCAGGCUUUGGCCAUGACUGUAGCUGAGAUACCAGUGUUUCUCUAUUCCACAUUUGGGCAGUCCAUAUUUUCUCAGCUAAAACUUACUCCGAACUUGAAGAAGGUGCUGUUUGCCACAGCACUGGGCAGUGUGGCUCUGGCUCUCACCGCUCAUCAACUGAAAAGGCGGGGGAGAAAAAGGAAGCAGGUAGCACAAGGGAAGGAGGGGCAGAAGACAGUGGGAAUACCUGCGGCACUGAUAAGGACAGGAAGACCCUCAUCAUUGAAGAGAGGCCCGUUUACUGGCCGACAGAUGAUUAGUCCCAGCACUCGGAGCAAUGACACCAUGAGUGGAAUUUCUUCCCUGGCCCCCAGUAAACACUCAAGUUCCUCACACAGCCUGGCAUCUACGCGGGUCCCCAACUCUCCAAAUCAAUCUGCCAAUCCAUCCACCCCCUGGGAAGCGGAGCCUGUGGUAGAAGAGUCGGGGGCAAUAGAGGAUGCUAAUGCAGAUAAUCUCUAUAUAAUGGGAAUGGAGCUGUUUGAGGAAGCUCUACGAAAGUGGGAACAGGCGCUGAACAUUCGGCCUCACACAGACUCGACCUCCAGCAACAACAGCCUCGCUCUGCAAGGGGCAGCGUGUGGAGACUUUUCUAUGGUUGAAACCCGUAAUAAAGGUUUUGCUGAGAAGUUGGAGACACUACUGCACAGGGCAUACCACCUACAAGAGGACUUUGGCAGCAGUAUCCCAACAGACAGUGUGCUGGCAGACUUUGUCAGAGUUUGUGGUGUUCCUUUGGCAGAGAGUGAGGGAACUCUUAUCUUACCUCAUGUGGAGAGUUUCCAUAGACUGCAAGAUGAUGAUGCGACUACUGUUACCUCUGACCAAUCCUUCUUCUCGGCUGCAGAGCUGUUUGAUGCCAUGUCUUUAGAAGAUGUCUACCAGCCACUUAAGCCAGCAGCUCUCUAUGAAGAAGCCUUGUCUCUGGUCCGGGAGGGCAAAGUGUCCUAUAGGUCCCUGAGAACUGACUUACUUGAAUGUUUUGGUGACCAGGACUUCCUUGCCAAACUUCAAUGUGUGAGACAAGCAUUCCAGCUUCUGUUGCUUGAUGAAACUCACCGCACAUUUUUCAUGGAGACCGGGAAGCAAAUGAUUGUAGGGUUGAUGGUGAAGGCAAACAAGAGUCCCAACGCCUUCCUGGAGAGCUAUGAAGACAUGCUGCUUUACACUAAGAGAGAAGAAACGUGGCCCGUCACUAAGAUGGAACUGGAGGGCCGAGGGGUGGUGUGUAUGAACUUUUUUGACAUUGUGUUGGACUUCAUCCUGAUGGAUGCAUUUGAAGACCUGGAGAACCCUCCCUCUUCUGUUGUAGCUGUGUUGAGGAACCGUUGGCUCUCUGACAGCUUUAAAGAGACGGCUCUGGCAACUGCUUGCUGGUCUGUCCUAAAAGCAAAAAGGCGUCUUCUUAUGGUUCCUGAUGGUUUUAUCUCCCACUUCUAUGCCAUAUCCGAACAUGUCAGCCCAGUUUUAGCUUUUGGGUUUUUGGGCCCCAGACAGCACCUAAGUGAAGUUUGCACUAUUUUCAAGCAACAAAUCGUGCAGUACCUGAAAGAUAUGUUUGAUCAUGACAAGGUGCGCUUCACCUCUGCUCAGUGCUUGGCUGAGGACAUCCUGAGCCUUUCGCACCGCCGGAGUGAGAUUUUAUUGGGGUAUCUGGGAAUCAAUAACCUGGAGCUUAAUGGUGCCCCGCCAAGAAACACAGAAGGCUCUUCCGGGCCAGUCUAAGACAACUAGACUCACUAAGGGCUUCACUGGGCUUGUACAGGCCAAUUGCACUGGGCUGACCAGUAAGAAAUGGCAGGCACUCGCAGCUCUACACUCAUUCUGUAACUACAUUAAGACUGGAUAGAAUCAUGCUCCUGCGACACACUGAGAACCAGCAUCCGUCACUGAUUUGUGUCCAUCAAACACAACUUACUGUGAGAGGAUACAUUUUCACCAGAUUUACAGUAUCUAUGGUACUGAGGGAGACCAGUUGGAUAACAAGAUUCCAUCUCUUGUUUGUUAUCAGCUGCUAUGUUGCGUGUCACGAAUGCCUACUGUAGUCAUGUAACCUCAGACAUGUGAGGACUUGUCUUUGGCUUGUUUGGCGACAUGGAUACUUUCUAAAAACACACCUAAAUGAAUGGCUCCCAACACAUGAAGACUGGGCCUUUUACUUUAUUAAUUCGAUCGAGUCUCUUCAGAGAACCAGUGGUUGCAUUGUGAUCUUCCAUUCAUCUCACUUCUGGGAUAUCAUAGUCUUCAAUAUUGUGUGAAAAGAAAUGGUGCGAGAGUCUGUCGCCAAAAUCGUUUGUAUCUUUUAUAUUAAAGGGGGAAGGAUAUUUGUUAAAUCCGUGAUCAUUUUUGACUGGCUUGGCAAGCUAAGACUUAAAGGAUGUAAUGGAUUUGUCUCCUCAUUGAUUGUUAUUGUAUCCUCUUAAAUCUGAAGAAGUAUUUAUUCCCAUUUGCUUGAAUUAAGCAUGCUAAGAUGUCACAUAUCCAAGAGACAUGCAAGAAAACUUUGUGUCGAAUUAGUGAAGGGUGUUAACAUGUUACUCAAAUAGAAGUUGAAUAAUCCCAAAAUCUAUAUCUUGACCACAGAUGUGUUCUUAGUCAAAGUGGACAUAGUGGGCAUCCAGCUGUGACGCAAAUAGUUCUCUAAUUCACAGUGAUCACUAAGAUCUGAUCGGACAAAGGAUGACAUGAAUAUUACCAGUUGUAAGUGCUAUAGAGGCACUAAAAGAAACUUCCAACUGACAACACAAUACCAGGUGCGACAGCAUCUAUCUGAAUACCAUCACACAGACGAGUAGAGCCAGAAAGCAAGUCUAAAACAGUUUAACACAUAAGUGCUCUCAGGGGGUAAACAGUAACCCAAUUUUAAGAUAUCUGUUGCAUUGUGACUGACAAACUCAAUGUUUUUUCCCUUCAAAUACUUAUUAUCGUUUGUUAAUUGGUUGAGCAACAUGAAUUACAUCCAGAUGUAUGGGCCUAAAUUGUACAACUUAAGCUUUAAUUCCCGAAUAAAAAAUUGUGAAUGUUUUUUUAAGGAAAAAGUACCCAAUCACAAGAUAUAUAAAUCAGUGUUUUCAAUGUAAAAUUUAGAACAAUAGUACUACUUGGAUAUGGAUGUUCUUCUUAUCUUAAAGGUUACUGGAUAAAAUAAGUAUGAAAUGGAUAAUGAAUGAGUAACAAAUCUGCUGUUUUCACCCAAUGGGACCAUGGGUGACACAGGUGUCACUUAAGACAGACCGGUGGGUUCACAAAGUGCACACAGUCAUCUAACACUUUCAGAGAGUUUGUCGAGAACACAUUCUCCGUGUUCUAAUGGAGUAGAAACACACGUGGAUAUUUUCCAUCACCUCUAAGUCAAACAGUGCCAUCUACUAAUCUUAGUAAGGAUACAUAUAGUUGUUUUGUUUCAUGAAGACCUGUGUUGAAAAACCGCGCAUUGUACAGCCAGGCUGUAACUUACAUAAGUGCACUGAUGAUGAUAACCCCUCAUUUUCUCGUUGUUUUCCCAAUACUGUGAAUUUGUUGGAGCAUAGAGACACUGAAGGGGCACUACGAUGCCAAGUUAUUAUUAUUAUUAUUAUUAUUAUUAUUAUUAUUAGAUUGAGUUUUUUUCUGCUGAUCCAAACAACUCCACAAUUUUAAAAGCAGAUGUGUUAUGUAGACGGUAGUUUAACUGUUUGAAACUAUCAACAACUAAAUGAUCUUAAUGAAAUUCGAUUUAAAAGAUUAUUUAUUAUUAAUGGUGCCAGUAGAUCAGUUUGUAUGCUAAUGGUUGCCUGGUUGCACGAGAAAAAGGAAUGCAUUUCUGUCCAAUCAUUUUUCGGUUUCAUAUAUCUUUCAAUAGUGUUGUCAUGCAAAUUAGCAGUUCUUUGUGAUUCCUAAUCGUUUAAGAGUGUUUUGUGGUCUUUAUCCAAAUCCUGCUCUUGUUGCAACACGUCACUGAAAAUCAAAGCUCAGAAAAGUCACAUGUUGCAAUACAAUACCAUUGUGUUCUCCAGCACUGUAGGGUGUUUUCUGUUGCCGUCUACCAUUUACUUCCAAAUGUAAAUGGAGCUUUUACAGAAAAAAGAUUUAGUUCUUUGUUCUGCAACCAUGCACUUUGUGUUUUUAAGCAUUUUGCACUUUAUCAGAAAACCAGAAAGAUACAACAACCCCUUUUAAAUCAUCUGUUUUAGAGUUUAACUGUACAAACAUAUUGAAUUUCUUAUUGCAUCAGAACUGACAUUUUAUUGACAACAUGUAGCGUAAAUGCUGUAUAGUAAAGAAACUAUCUUUCCCAGAAAACUAUUUUAUGGAAACUGUUUAUUCUGGUUACUUUCCAAAGCUUUAGUUUUUUUUAGUUUCCAUCUUAGAAAUUUUAACUUUUGACUGCUUGUGGUCCAAUAUAUUCUUCCAUGUUUGAGUCCUGCUAUUGUAGACUAUCAAGUAUAUUUGCAACAGUAUGUAUUAUGCAGGUAAAUGCAAUUAUG